AUGGCCGUAGAGUGUAUCGAGUGUUUACUUGGCGCGUCCACUAUUACUGCUCGCUGUAGGCUAUUUACUAACCUUUUCAAGAAUCUGAAGGCCUCUUACCAUUGCGGUCUUAGAGCGCAUGCUAUAACACUUUUCAAAAAUUUCCUUCAUGAUGCAUGGCUUCAAGCCUCCCAAAGCGGUUUGCCCUCACUAUAUUCAGGUGAAAGACAACUGAAUGAAGAUGAAAUGUGUACACCCUUUGAACGACGUUACCUCCUACCAAUGUGCAAGGAUAUAUUCCGCUUCCCUCUCGCUGAGUGCAAGGAAUCACUUCUGGACCAAUUCAGUUGGCUAAUGGCGGCCUUAAAUUUUAUAUUGUACGUGAACAUCCGGGCUAAGAACAUAGACGCGAGUCUGUGUGACCCAGCAGUUGCCGGUUUGACUACGGAUGUCCUACAGGCUGUCAACAUGAUCGAUGAAGAGGACAAAAGUUGCCUGAAAUCAAGCUUCAUCAACAAUAUUAACACUGAGUUGCGACAGCUGAUUGAUCGUUAUAGUAUGGCAGAAAAGGAGCACCUAGCAUCACCGGACCCUAAGACGUUGGCUCCCGGCGCGCCAAGCCUCGAGGAAUGUCGCCUUACCCUUUUGAAACUCAACCUUUUUAGUAAUACACUCGGUCGAUUACAAGAAUUCCAGCUUGUAUAA